GUCGCCGCAGUGCGAUACGGUCGAUAGAAGAAAACGUGGCCGACAGUCUCCGGUGGUUGCAGCUGCCGCAGACACCGUCGCGACGCCUCGUUCCCUUCGCGUCGUCGCUGUUUUCGUCGGUUCUGCUCCGUUUGAAAAUUCCUUGGGACCGCUCUACGUCGCGACACGUCCUCCAUCCGACCCUCGAACCAGAGGGUGGGCUCUCCUACGCUUUAUCGCGCUCGGCGAUGGCGCGCGUACGGCGUCAUGUCGCAGAACCGUUCGGAUAGGAUGUUUGUGAAUAUGACGAGAUCGUUUCCUGGGUGAAUCCGGGUGAAGUUUCACGGAGUGCGUCAUCGCGAAUAAAAAUUAAAAACGUCGGUCUUAACACUUUGCUAACUGUACAAUUUUCGUCUCGUAUGUAUUUAUUUUGAAAAUGAACUCUGAUCUAGCACCUGUCGAUAUUACCUUCGAUUUCGAAUCGCAAACGGUUGGUGCAAACACUUAGCGCGCGUGUUUGUAAGCGCAGAAUCGAUGAAACGGUCGGUUGGCGAUGUGUUAAGAGCUAUAGACGAUUAAUCUGUUUGUUAGCAUUGGCAAUGACGACGUUUCGGUCGACGAGUAUCUUGGUCCAUUAUCGGAGUGAGCACCAUUAGCAAAUGUAACAACGAUGGAUCCUGAACAGUGAUUCGAGUGCAAAACGAUUUAAAAUAAAGUCUAGUGCCAUCGUGACUGGAGUAAAGAUAGUGUUUCGCGCUGAAAUUCUUUCGCUUCGAUAUCACUAACAUUCCAAAAAAAGAUUAAAACUACGCACUGUAGAAAAGAUCAGAACCUGAAAUUGAACAGGUGAUUGCUCGCUGGAUAGAAAUCCAAUUUAACGCAAUGAGCAGUCUGCUACAAGUUUACACUUAAAUAUACUUAAACGUUUCCUCAGUCGCGCGUGACGUAAUCGAGAGUCACCGAAACUCGAUCGACGCGACUUCCUCGUGGCUCCUACUCUCCCAGUCGAAUAAUCUACGUUGUAAUUCUCGAGGGGCCGCCAAUCAAAAUUAAAUUCUAUCAACCGUAGAAAGGGUAGGAAUUGCCCUAAUUCCACUCUACAUAUCUGUAGAGAUCUGCGAAGACCUCCAAUGAAGCUCGAGACUCGACCAACGGAACUUCUCGAUACGAUCCUGACCUUCCAGUUAAAUAAUCUACAGUUAAAUAACGCUGAAACCAAAUUCGUACCAAAAUUCUACCAAACGUGGAAAGGGUAUAAUUCACCCUAAUUCCACUUUAUAAUAGAUCAACAAGGACCUCGAAGCCGAUCUGGUCUACCAGUGAAAUAAUCUACGAUCGCGAUAGCUUGAAAAACCUCAGCCAGAGAUGGCAAAAUUCCACCAACCGUGAAAAGGACAGGAAUUGCCCUAAUUCCAUUCCACAGACCGAUAAGAACCUCUGAAGACUUUCAAAGACUUCCAAAGAAUUAUCUAAACCUCGAUCAAAACCCUGAUAUGAUUCUGGACUCUCAGGUGAAUAAACUACGGUCGCGAUACUCGAAGAAUCGCCAUCCAAAGGCACAAAAAUUCUACUAACCGUGGAAAGAUCAAGUUUUUAUUCUACUUUCAUAGAUCGGUAAGGAGAUCCGAAGACGAUCGAACGUGACGGAAGUGUUACCAACGAACGGGACUUUCUGAUAUAGUUCUGACCUCCCAGAUGAAAUAAUCUACUAUUGAAGAUAGUCAGAGGAUUCAUAGCCAGAGAUCGUUAAAGACCCCCGAAGACGGUUGUGACGUAAAACAAGUGCUAUCGAUCAACGGGACUUCCUGAUACGAUCCUGGCCUCCGAGUUGAAUAAUUUACGGUUGCGAUACUCGAAGGACCGCCUGACGGCGACAGGAGCAGAAGUCUAGUGGGCGGGCUGGCGCCAGGAGGGGUCGAUCGAUUUCGUUCUGGAAGAGGAUGCCUCGUUUCGCGACGUAGCAAUCGAGUUUUUACGUUGCAGUCACGUGCCAAGAAGCGUAGUUCUGUGUCGAGGGGGUUAGGGAAGUGGUGCCAUCGAUAGAAGGGGGACGUAAACGAGAGACUUUUCCUGGAGCGGUCGCCGGAGCCUCGACGUCGUUGUGGGAAAUCGAUUUUCACCGUGCCGACCACCCCGUUGGAACCACCCCCGUUACUGCAGUGCAAUGACCUCCAAACCGGGAAGGUCCUACAGCGUGAGGUCCCCGCGAGUCGGAGGGCCCCUCUCGCAGUCGUUAGCGAUGAUUCCGCCAACGAUGCACGGCCACGAAUUCAAUCAGCCCCUGUCGAGGGUGGUUAUGGUCCGGAAAACGGAUCAAAGGACCUUCAGCAAGGGUAGAAGGGGCGGCGAGCCUCUUCUUGAAACGGUUACCAGGGAGACCGUCGAGCUUUUCAACGGCGGACGUGCUGAAAGGAAAUACACGUCCGAGACCAGGGACAUCGUUACGCCAAAGUCAAACAGGUCGAGGACAGAUUCGGUGAGAUCGAAGUCCCCUUUGACGGCGUCGCCAGCUUCUCCAGGGCCACUGUCGAAUUCCCUGCACGGUAGUUUUCACGGUAGCCUGGGAAGCGAUGGCAUGUCUUACAGCAGCGCCAGGUCCUCCUCAGCGUCGCCUGAUUCCGCAAGAUACUCGUCGACACCGAUAACAAAGACUGACACACGUAAACCAUCUGUGCGCAGAUCGGGGCCUCCGAAGGAAUUCAUCAACGGUUGCCUCGAAACGCACAAUUUCUACCGCUCGAGGCAUGGAGUGCCACCUUUGCGUCUCAGCAAACAGUUAUGUAAAACAAGUCAGGACUGGGCCAACAUACUGGCAACUAGGGGUAGGUUAGAGCAUAGGGCAAACAUAGACUAUGGCGAGAACCUGUACUGCAUGUGGAGCUCCAAUCCGAAGACUAUCGUCAGUGGCGACGAGCCUGUGAAUGAAUGGUACGCCGAAGAGGCCCAGCAUCAAUACGGAAAGGAGCCGACCACGUUGAAGACUGGCCACUUCACCCAGGUCGUGUGGAAAGACAGCACCGAGCUAGGUGUCGGCAUGGCAAGGAACCGAAACGGCGAGGUUUACGUGGUUUGCAACUACAACCCAGCCGGGAACUAUCUUGGUAGUUUCACGGAGAACGUCCUUCCGCCUGGUGGUUCGAGUCCCACGAAAAAGAUCACCUUCCUGCCGCGAUACUCGCUAGAUGAGCAAACCUGGCAACAGGAAGCGUUGCUCGUGCACAACGAGUACAGGAGAAGACACCGUGUUCCAGACUUGAGGUUAAGCGCAGAUUUGACGGCUGCUGCCAAGGCGUGGGCGAACACGUUGCUGAACACGAACAAGCUGAUCCCGCAAUCAUCGUCCCCGUACGGGGAAAACAUCUACUCGAUGCAGUGUUCUGAUCCGAAGCUAAUUGUACCAGCACGGGAGGUAGUCUCCAAGUGGUACUCCGAAAAGAAGGAUCACAAAUUUGGAACGGAACCAAAGGUCUUAAACACAUGUCAUUUCACGCAAAUCGUGUGGAAGAACACCACUGAGAUGGGUAUAGCGAUGGCCAAAAGAGACGGAAGUUGCGUGGUGGUGGCGUGUUACCAUCCGAGGGGCAACAUCGUCGGUCAGUUCACUGAAAACGUGCUAAAGCCCGUGAAGAGUGCCUGUUAGUCGGCUAGGCAGACUUCAGUCCACAUUUGUCGAUAAUGUAUUUAAACGCUGUAUUUAUAUAUCGUGCAUAGACGACAAUACGCAUAAUUUAUGUAUAUAACACAAAUGUGCAUACACGUAGAAUAAAAACAUUCCACGUAAUACUACACGUAAUCGCAAACAACCUCGUCUCUUUUAUUCGAUAAUUGAAAUUAGUCGAUAACGUGACGUGUAACCAUGUCGAAAAUUUAGUACCGACGUCGGCAUAGAUUGUGUACACCGUGAAUUAUGUUUGAAUCGAAUCAUUUUUUUUUUUUUUUUUAAAUUAACUUGUCGAAUGAAAUCAUUUUGCGACAUUAUGUACGAAUGAAUUAUAUUACGAUUCGUACAAUUUAUUUUAACAUAUCUUCGUUUAAAUCUCUACUUGAAAGAAUAUUAAUCGAAAUUUCAGGAUUGAAUAAUAAAUUUUGAUUUGCGAGUAAUUAAUAAUUCAAUGUAAAGAUAACUCCCAAAGUAACCAUUUAUGAAUCAAUUAUUCGAACAUUGUUUUAGAUACUUUGCUUUGGGACGUUGUCAAUGACGAAUUAUGUUUAAGUAAGGAAUUAUUGUAAUCGAUUAUUUGGAGUGCCGAUCGUCGAAGAAUCGAAUAGUGACGCGAUCUUGAUUUUCAAGAACGAAUAGUAUUAAUAAGAAAUCGGUCAAUGACUGAUCGUUCCUUCGCUCCUUACCUCAAACAAUCACGAAACGAGAAACGUUUGUAAGUUUUCUGGCGACAGUACAAUUAUUAUAAAUGCGUAGCAUGUAGCGUCGAAAAUAUUCUUAUAAUUUAUAAACGCAUGUUCAUUAUAUGAUACUUUGUUUUUAUUUCAAGCGAAUUAAAUAAAUUAUGAAAUAAACCGUU